UCAACUUCAGUGGGAGGACCAUUCGAUGAGAAUCCUAAAUAGAUUGUGGAAGUUUUAGGAUUUUUUUCAGUGCCCAGCGUUGCAAAUUUUAGUGUUCACAUGGCUGCGACUCAGGGUUUGCCGAGGUGGGAAAGAAAAGUGCGCGUUUUUUUGUGCCUUUUCGGCUUGGUUUUGUCCAUCUAUGCUCUCCAUGUCGAGCUCUCCCGCGAGAGAGAUCCAGAUUACAGGGCAAUGUGCGACCUGGGGGAGUCUGUGAGCUGCUCCAAGGUUUUCACUUCCAGAUGGGGACGAGGUUUUGGUUUGAUCCAGUUCUUUGUGGCCAAAGAUAGCCCUCUGAACCAGCCCAACAGCGUGCUUGGCAUCAUAUUUUACACACUGCAGCUGGGCCUUGGAUUCUCCCUGUCUAAAAAGGCAGCACUGGCUUUGGUCCUUUCUUCCUGGGUGUCCAUGGCUGGUUCACUUUAUCUUGCAUCUAUACUCGCCUUUGUUCUGGGAGAUUUCUGUAUGGUUUGUGUGUCAACAUAUAUUGUCAAUUUUGCACUGCUCUACACCAACCUGAAGCGAAGGAGAGCAAUCGAAGAAAUGAAGGAAAAGACUGGGUAGAAAAUGCAUCUUGUAAAAUUCAACAUGUUCUUUUUAGGGUAACCUGGGGCUACACUGGAAAUAAAAAGUAAAGACUCUACUAAAGUUUUGUUUAGCUAUUUCACAGUAGAAAAAAUGUGAGGAUCUCAGUUCAGACACUUGGGAAAAUAACAGCUAGUUUUCUUUUUUAUAAUGUGUUUUUAUGAUACAGAUUUCACAUUUUUAGUGCUGCCUCUUGUCUGAUGUGAUUUAAUUAUGCCAUACUAGAAAUCCUUUAAGCCAGAGCUGUAUUAGAGAUGCAAUUACUCAGACCUACCAGCAGAUGGAGCUAAAUGCUCAGUUUUGAGUUCAGUUAAAUUCAAACCAGCCUUUCUUGUAUGGAUUUUAAAGUUUCAGUAUUUGCAGUGCUGAAUUAUUAUAUUAAAGAAUGAGCAAAUAAUGAGCUUUGCAUUUAUUCAAAUUACACAGUAAAUCCACAAAUUAUUAAACAAAACAGCACAGAAGUUUCCUGUUUUGUCUUAUGUGUCACAGUUAUAAUUAACAUUAAAUGCAUGAUGAAUCUG